AGCGGUGUUCGACCGUGAAGUUAAAUGUAGGUUUUUAGUGUGUUUAUGCCUACAUUUCGUGUUGUAAAAUCUAUGCAAGUGUAAGAAUCACUCACUGGCGGAUAGACUUCAAAUUCCAAAUUACAUAGCUAUGUCAACCGAGGGUAAAUUUGGACAGAUUGAGUUUACUGCAGAAGAACAUGAAAGUAUACAAGCAGCACUAAGACAAAGAUUAGGACAAGAAUUUAUUAGUCAGAGAGCCGGAGCUGGAGGCCAAAAGCUUGCAUAUAUAGAAGGAUGGCGUUUAGUGAAUUUAGCCAAUGAGAUGUUUGGAUUCAAUGGCUGGUCUCACUCUGUCACCAAUCAAACUAUUGAUUUUGUGGACCAUUUUAAUGGCAAAUACUAUGUUGGGGUCAGUGCUUUUGUCAAGGUUGUAUUGAAGGAUGGUAUUCACCAUGAAGAUAUUGGGUAUGGUGUCAGUGAAGGAAUGAAAUCUAAAGCAUUGUCACUAGAGAAGGCCAGAAAGGAAGCUGUUACUGAUGGCUUGAAAAGAGCUCUGAAAAGUUUUGGAAAUGCAAUGGGAAAUUGUUUGGGAGAUAAAGACUAUUUAAAGUGUAUUAACAGAGCUGGCAAGAAGCCACCGGAACAGUUUAAUUUAGAUGAAAUGAAGCAUACAAUGUUGGAUCCAACAAUUGAAAAAGCCAGGAGUGCUGGACUUAGAACUGCUGAUAGAAUAAGAAACAAUACUCAGAACAAUGUUUUACAAAAUCUCUCACCAAAUGUGCAGGAGUUGAAGUCAUGUAAUGACACUGAAGAAAAGACAAUUGGCCAUACUGGCAGUGAUAAAAUUACAGCUACAUCAGUAAGACAUUUACAACACAAGUCAAAAAGUUUGUCUUGUGAAAAUGUAGUGAAUAUGAAUAGAAACCAACAAACUUGUGAAAUUAAAUAUGAAAAUACUGGAACUAGUCAUUUAAAGAAGUCUGUGUCUGUUAGUGGAAAUAACAUAUCUUCUGCAACAGAUUUAGCAAAUACUAGAGAAUCAGACCUUUUACCUAAACAUGAAAGAAUUAUGAGACAGAAAAUGAAACAGAUGGAAUUCCAGAAAGGUUUAGUAAAGGAGAGGCAAGAGUCAAGCCCAGAAGAAUUAGGUUUACCUGUUGCAACAUCAACACCUGCCUGUAAUUCUGCCAAAGUUCCAACAUUUCAAUCAAUAAACAGUAAUACAAAUAAUGGUCUUGUGGCAGAGGAUAAUUAUGAUGAAUUGUCCGUUUGGAACCAGUCCAUAGACAUGGAACAAGAUCUAUAUUGUGUCGUCCAAAAUCCUUCACCACAACAGAAUAUCAACUUAAAAUACAAUAUAAAAGAAAAACAUUUACAGAAUCCUGGUAUAUCAAAUGAUAUUAUGAUUGGAAAGAAGAGGAAAAUUGAUCAAUAAUGUAUUGGCAUAAAUUCCUUUUACAAUUAUACUGUGAUUGUUUACUCAUAUUGACAUGACAUUUAAGUAGAUUAUCAAAGUAGAAAUCAUCAUAUUGUACAGUCCCAUGAACUUAACAAGCAUUUAGGAGACAUGAAGUGAAAGUUUUUUUCUAAAACUAUAUGGCAGGAUACCAUAUUACCUUAAAACCGCAUGUGAAUACCUCAACUUACCAACUUCUCUUAUAAACUGUAAUAGUGUCAGUAUUUUUGUUUAUAUUGUUAGCUCACCUGUCACAAAGUGACAGGGUGAGCUUUUGUGAUCGCUUUUCGUCCGGCGUCCGUCCGUCGUCCGUCCGUCCGUCCGUAAACUUUUGCUUUAAAUGACAUCUCCUCAUAAACCACUGAGCCAAUUUCAUCCAAACUUCACAGGAAUGUUCCUUUGGUGGUCACCUUUAAAAAUUGUUCAAAGAAUUUAAUUCCAUGCAGAACUCUGGUUGCCAUGGCAACCAAAAGAAAAAACUUUAAAUAUCUUCUUUUAAAAAACCAUAAGAGCUAGAGCUUAGAUAUUUGGCAUGAAACAUCUUCUAGUGAGUGUCUACCAAGUUUGUUCAAAUAAAAGCCCUGGGGUCAAAAUUGGCCCCGCCCCUGGGGGUCAUUGAUUUUCCCAGUAUAUGCAUAUAGUAAAAACUUAAAAAAUCUUCUUUUAAAGAACCGUAAGAGCUAGAGCUUAGAUAUUUGGCAUGAAACAUCUUCUAGUGAAUGUCUACCAAGUUUGUUCAAAUAAAAGCCCUUGGGUCAAAAUUGGCCCCGACCCAGGGGGUCAUUGAUUUUCCCUAUAUGCAUAUAGUAAAAACUUAAAAAAUCUUCUUUUAAAGAACUCAAAGAGCUAGAGCUUAGAUAUUUGGCAUGAAACAUGUUCUAAUGGGUGUCUACCAAGUAUGUUCAAAUAAAAGCCCUGGGGUCAAAACUGGCCCCGCCCGGGGGGGGGGGGUCAUUUAUUUUCCUUAUAUGUGUAUAGCAAAAACUUAAAAAUCUUCUUUGGAAAAACCCAAAUAGCUAGAGUUUAGAUAUUUGGCAUGAAACAUCUUUAAGUAUAUCUACAAAGUUUGUUAAAAUAAAUGCCAGGGGGUCAAAACUGGCCCUGCCCCAGGGGUGACAUUGUUUUUAACUACUAUAUGUGUAUAGUAAAAACUUUAAAAAUCUUCUUUUAAAAAUGCCAAUGAGCUAGAACUUAGAUGUUUAGCAUGAAACAUCUUCUUAUGGGUGUCUACCAAGUCUGUUCAAAUAAACAAAUAAAAGCCCUUGGGUAAAAAUUGGCCCGGGGGUGGGGGGCCUAUAUACAGGUGAGCGACCUCAUGGCCAUCAUGGCCCUCUUGUUUUUUUUUGUUUCUUUGUUUUUUCAUUCAUUUUUCGGCUACAAGUACAAUGCCAUCAACUAGGUGAGCAUGGUACUAGUAUCUAUGUCAGCACUUAUCAUGAUCCUAUGUCUUUAACAAGCUACUGUGCCCUAGCUGUAAUGUCAAAAUUUUUAAAAUAAUAGAAAUACUACAAUACU